CUCUCUCUCUCUCUCACUCUGUCAUUCACACAGUCUAACUGAAUCGCAGCAGAAACACACCGGAGGAGAAGAGAAGCAGUGAGAGACCAGACGUGUUGAGGUGCAUGAUCAUGCGUUCCCGUAGCAACAGUCUGGAGGGCGCGGUGAAGGCGGAGCCUCCCAGAUCACGGCGGCAGGCGUCUGAGCGCGAGGGGGCGUGUCACACUCACGAGGACACGCCCCCCGCCCAGAGCAAGCCGAGCCGACGGCGAGCGCACAGGGAGCGCAGCGGAGCCGGGAAGAGCCGCGAUCUGUCCCGGGAUGACCUCGUGUUCCUGCUCAGCAUGCUGGAGGGAGAACUGCAGGCCCGAGACGAGGUGAUCACGGUCCUCAAAGCGGAUAAAGUGGACCUGGCUGUGCUGGAGGGCCGAUACGGGUUCGUGACGCCGCCGCAGGUGCUGAAGGCUCUUCAGAGAGACGCCCUCCAGGAGCAGGGCGGCAGCUGGCAGGAGGACGUCUACGAGAAGCCCAUGGCCGAGGUGGACAGGCUGGUGGAGAGGCAGCGGGAGACGUACCGGCGGAUGCUGGAGCAGCUGCUGAUGGUGGAACAGGCGCAUCGACAGACUCUCCUCCGGCUGGACCACGAGAAGAGGAACCACAGCGACUUCAUGAGGAAGAGCGACGAGUUCACCGGCCUGCUGGAGCAGGAGAGAGAGAGAUUGAAACUGCUCAUUGAUCAGGAAAAGACUUACCAGGAGAGAAAGGAAGAAGAGAACACAAAGAAAGUCACAAGUCUAAAGGACGAACUAACCAAGCUAAAGUCCUUCGCUCUCCUGGUGGUCGACGAACAGCAGCGUCUCGCAGAGCAGCUGACCCAACAAACCACCAAAGUCCAGGAGCUCCAGAACACGGUCGUGCACGCUCAAGACGAGCUGAGCUCCGCUCAAACUCGGUUGCAAGAAGAGGAGAAUAAAGUGCACCGCUUGGAAGAGGAGUUACGCAACCAGGCCUGCCAUUUCCACCAAGAGCAGGACGCCAUGACUGCCAAACUGACCAAUGAAGAUGCCCAGAACCGACAGCUACGCCAGAAGCUCUCCGCACUCAGCCGACAGUUAGACGAGCUCGAAGAAACCAACAAGACCCUGCAUAGAGCAGAGGAGGAACUGCAGGAGAUCCGGGAUAAGAUCAGCCGAGGGGAGUGUGGAAACUCCAGCCUCGUGGCGGAGGUGGAGGAGUUGAGGAAACGAGUGCUUGAAAUGGAAGGGAAAGAUGAGGAGUUGAUCAAGAUGGAGGACAUGUGCAGGGAUCUCCACCGAAAGCUGGAGAAGGAGUCGAGCCAGAGCUGUGGCUUAAAGGUGGAGGUGGACAAGCUGAAUCACAGAAUCAUGGAGCUGGAGAAACUAGAGGACGCCUUUGGGAAGAGCAAGCAGGAGUGCAGUUCACUGAAAAGCAACCUGGAGAAAGAGCGAACCAUGACUAAACACAUGUCCAAUGAACUUGAUAUGCUGAGAGUCAGAAUCAAAGAGCUUGAGGCUACCGAAGUUCAUUUGGAGAAGAUGGAGUUGACACUGAAAGAGGAUCUGACAAAAUUGAAGACACUGACCGUCAUGCUGGUGGAUGAGAGAAAGGCCAUGGCCGAAAAGUUAAAGCUGAUGGAGGACAAAGUGCAAAACAGCACUGGGAAACUGCAGGCAGAACAAGACAAAGUCAACACCGUCACUGAGAAACUGAUCGACGAGAGCAAGAAAGCCCUGCGCUCGAAGGCCGAACUGGAGGAGAAGAUGUGUGUUGCCACUCGGGAGAGGGAUGAGCUCAAAGCUAAGCUGAAAGCGGAACAAGAGAAAAACGGUGAUCUUCAGUCUAAAGUCAGCAUGAUGAAAAAGAGGCUUCAAUCACUGGAAGCAGUGGAAAGAGAGUUAUUGAGGAGCAAAUCCAAAGAGGAGCACUCGAAGAGCCCUGGUCCUUACCGCUACCAACAGGAGGACAACAAAGUGAAAGAUUUGACCCAGGAAGUGGAACGCCUCAGGAGGAAGUUAAAGGAGAUGAAGGUGGUUGAGGGUGACCUUUUGAAGACUGAGGAUGAGUUCGAAUCCCUGGAGAAGAGAUACUCCAAUGAGCAGGAGCGAGCAAAAGCCCUGAUGGAGGAACUGGAGAUGUCCAGGAACGAACUGUCCAAGUACCAGUUGGCUGAGAAAGAGGAGUCCAACCAAGAGCACAUCUUAUACAAGCGUCUGAAAGAGGAAGAGGCCAAAUCCAGUCAUCUCACUAGAGAGGUAGAAGCCCUGAAAGAGAAGGUCCACGAGUACAUGGGCACAGAGGAAUCCAUCUGCCGCUAUAAAACAGACCACACGACCCUACAGAGAAAACUCACCCAGCAAGAGGUCAGGAAUAAAGAGCUGGCCAGAGAGAUGGAGAGUCUUACACGAGAACUGGAGAGAUACCGGCGCUUCAGCAAGAGCUUACGACCGGGAAUGAACGGAAGACGUUUCUCAGAUCUACAAGUCUUCACAAAGGAGGUCCAAACGGACCCAACAGACACCCUAUCCCCGAGUUACAGGAAUCUGGCACCGCUGGAACGUGCCCUGGUCAACGGCAAGCUCUACUUGGAGAGCGAUCCAGAGGACGAGGACAAUUACAAUGAGAUCAACCUCACAAAAUGCACCCCGUCGCUCAUGAACAAUGUCAACAACCUUAACAACAACAUGAGAAGAGUAAGAGGCCCUUUCCUUAAGACUAGAGAAAGUCAGCACUCAAUGAAUGGCAAGAUACAACCGAGGCAGAACGGGAACCACGUUCAGCAGGGGGACGUGGUCCUCACACACAGUCCUGGGCAACCUCUCCAUAUCAAAGUGACCCCUGAUCUCGGGCACAAUACAGCAACUCUUGAGAUCACGAGUCCUACGACUGAAAGCGCCCAGUCCUUUACAAGCACGGCGGUCAUCCCGACAAGUGGAGCUCCAAAACAGCGGAUCACAAUCCUCCAGAACUCCUCGAUCUCACCCUCCAACAAGCCCAAGGGUUCUCCUCCUCCUCUUCCGGAGAGUCCCGGCACUCCUGAUCGAUCCCUGUCUCCGCUCACCAUGCCAGCCUAUUCCCAAACUCUAUCUCCCGAGUCCUGCGGAUCGCUGACCCCGGACCGGGCCAUGUCGCCCAUUCAGAUCGUGUCCGUAACCACUGGAUCCCCUGACCCGGGAGAGUUCGCCGGAUCGAAUCCCGUAUUCCGCGUGAGCCCAGAAAGGCAGAACAGUUGGCAACUACAGAGGUCCAACAGCUCAGGUCCAAACGUCAUUACCACUGACGACAACAAAAUCCAUAUUCACUUAGGGAGCCCCUACAUUCAAGCCGUGAACACCUCAGGCAAACCCGUCAGCCCCUAUUACUCCCUCGGGCCGGAGCAAAGGAUCCCAGUGCUGUCCAACGCCAAAGCCAACAACAAAAUCACAAGCAGCAUCGUGAUCAAACCCACAUCCAGUCCCGUCUCACGGCCCUCACAAAUCACAAUGCCUCUGGAAUCAUUCCGGCGUCCUGGACCGACCAGGAUUCCCAAACCCAAAGGAUCGGUCAACGCCCAAACCCCACUGAACCCUGGGAAAUGUGUGUCUAAUAACAACCUCAACAUGAUGAACCAACCUGCCAAAUCAUGAGUGACAGGCCGAGAAGAGGGAUGUUUAUGUUUAUCGUCUUUCAUUUUAUUUGAUCUUUUGGUGCUGUAAUGAGACUCUUAUCAUAUUCAGAAGUAGAACGAAGACACUGUGAUAAACUCAUGUUGACCAUCGCUAAUCUUUCACUUUAUGGUGCUGAACCUUGCUUCUUUUUUGUGUUUCUUUUGACAAAACUCAAUUAUUGUACUUAUUAAGUUGGUAGUUAUCGCUGUUACGGUUUUGACUCCGUCAAUGUGUAGAUGCACUUGGCAUAUGAAGUAAUUUUGAUGUCUGGAUGUUAAUAAAGACUUUUUAUAUCUUGCA